CUGCAGAAGCAGCAGCAUUCCCCUUUUCCCUGUGAGCUCAGCAUUCCCCCCUCCCUGGAACUUGUCUGUGAGCUCUCGCUCCCUUCUAGCUCAGCAUUCGCUCGUUAGGCACUCACUGAAACUUUGCCUCCCUUCCUGCCUGGGAUACAGGGGAACACUAUGAAGAUGCUGCGGGGAGACCUCCCGCUCACCCUGCUGCAGGUUUUUCUACUUCUAGGGGGUGGCACAGCACAACAGACUGGGCAGGUACCAAUCAAAAUACCUCCAGAACCUGGCACUGGAACUGAUACCAGUAUCCUCUUCCCAGAUAAUGGCAGGACAUCAUCUUACCAAGACUGUCCAGUGGAUAUCUUCUUUGUUUUGGAUACAUCUGAAAGUGUUGCUCUUCGUGUGAAACCAUUCAAGACUCUGGUGACCCAAGUCAAGGACUUCACCAAAAGAUUCAUAGAUAGACUCACAACAAGGUAUUAUCGCUGCGACCGCAACCUUGUAUGGAAUGCUGGAGCACUCCACUACAGUGAUGACAUCAUUCUAAUUAAGGGUCUAACUAGUCUGGCCACGGACCGUGAUGAACUAAAGAAGAGUGUGGAUAGCGUUGAGUACAUUGGCAAAGGAACCCAUACUGACUGUGCUAUCAAAAGAGGCAUUGAAGAGGUCUUAAUUGGAGGAUCCCACCAGAGAGAAAACAAGUAUCUGAUUGUGGUGACCGAUGGCCAUCCUUUGGAAGGCUAUAAAGAGCCAUGUGGUGGUCUAGAAGAUGCAGCAAAUGAAGCAAGACACCUGGGCAUUAAAGUCUUCUCUGUUGCCAUCUCACCAAACCACCUGGAACCACGUCUCAGUGUGAUUGCCUCUGAUGCAAACUACCGCAAGAACUUUACAGCCACCAGUGCUGCUGGUCUGUCUGCUGAUCAAAUCGAUAACACAAUUGAUAGUAUUAUUGACACUAUUAAAGAGAAUGGUGAACAUGGGUGCUGCUCUUAUGAGUGCCAGCCUAAUCGUGGAGAGCAUGGGCCACCUGGUCCUGCCGGCUAUGAGGGAGAGACUGGAAAAACAGGACUUCCUGGUGACCGCGGAUUCCAUGGUGACCCUGGUCGUCCUGGAGACAUUGGUCCUGUAGGUUAUCAGGGAAUGAAGGGUGACCAAGGUGUCAGAGGAGAGAAGGGUGGAAGAGGAGCAAAAGGAUCAAAGGGUGAUAAAGGCAAAAGAGGAAUUGAUGGCAUUGAUGGACAGAAGGGAUAUGAUGGAGAACCUGGUUUCCCUGGGUGCAAAGGAUCACCAGGUUUUGAGGGAGAGCCUGGACCCGCUGGUUCAAAAGGAGAUUCUGGGUCAUAUGGACCAAAAGGAGGAAAAGGAGAACCUGGAGUUUCCGGUGGUGCUGGAAAGCCUGGUAGUAAUGGGAAUAUAGGUGAUAAGGGAGAUCCUGGAACAAAUGGCCCACCAGGAGAAAAAGGAGAAUCUGGUGAUGAAGGUGUUGCUGGAUCAGACGGACCUGCAGGCGAAAAGGGAGGUGCAGGAGAGCGUGGUCCACCAGGAAUGUCUGGGGUCCGAGGACCUAGAGGUGGCAAGGGUGAACCCGGACAGCCAGGAGAUCAAGGACGAGAUGGGCCUGUUGGUGGCAUUGGAGAUCCAGGUGAAGUAGGGCCAGAAGGAGCCAAAGGAUACAGAGGAGAUGAAGGACCCAGCGGGCCCGAGGGGACUAAAGGACCAAGGGGAGCUAAAGGAUUACCCGGAGAGCAAGGACUAGCAGGCGAGAGGGGAGAUGAUGGUCCCCCAGGCAAUGGCACUGAUGGAUUCCAAGGAUUCCAAGGGUACCCCGGAGGUAGAGGCAAUCGAGGAACUAAUGGAACAAAGGGAUAUCCUGGACCGAAAGGAGAUGAAGGAGAGUCUGGCGAUCCUGGUGAUGAUAGUCCAGAUAAAGGGCCUGAUGGACCCAAUGGAGCAAAGGGUUACAGAGGGCCAGAAGGACCACCGGGACCUCCAGGACCUCCAGGCCCACCAGGUCCAGAUGAGUGUGAAAUUCUGGACAUUAUCAUGAAGAUGUGCUCUUGCUGUGACUGCACAUGUGGUCCUGUUGAUGUCCUUUUCGUGGUUGACAGUUCUGAAAGUAUUGGUAACUCCAAUUUCCAGAUAGCAAAAGAAUUUAUAAUAAAGGUUAUUGACCGGCUAAGCAGGGAUGAACAUGUCAAGUUUGAUUCUGGAGAAUCCCGAGUUGGAGUGGUGCAGUACAGUCAUGGAGACACCCAGGAAACCGUAGCCAUGGGAGAUGUCAAUAUCACGACUAUUGGUCACCUGAAGGAGGCUAUUAAGAAAUUGACCUGGAUAGCGGGAGGCACUUGGACUGGAGAGGCACUUGCUUUUACGAAAGAUAACCUACUCAAAAGAUUUGCAUCAGACAAGAGAGUAGCACUUGUUUUGACAGAUGGUCACUCUGAUAUCCUGAGGGACAAGACACCGCUAAACACAUUGUGCGAGGUUGCACCGGUUGUGUCUUUGGGAGUUGGAGACAUCUUCAAUUCUCCUGCAAACCCUGAUCAGCUGGGUGAGAUUGCAUGUGGAGGCUCACAAUACACACAAGGACUAUCUCUACAGAGAUCCAGCUAUAUGGAGCUCCUUGAUGAUGGCUUCCUGCAAAAUGUGACUGGUCAUAUUUGUAAAGAUAAGAAGUGCCCUGAUUACACAUGUGCCAUAUCAUUUGAUUCUCCUGCUGACAUCACUCUACUUGUGGAUAGCUCUGCAAGUGUUGGAAGCCGAAACUUUGAAAUAAGCAAAGGCUUUGUGAAGCGACUUGCACAGCGUUUCCUGGAGGCUAAAAGUGCAGCAGACUCUGUGCGUAUAUCUGUGGUUCAGUACAGUGGCCGUACUGAGCAGAGUGUUGAGCUGCAAUUCGUUUCCAACUACACAGAAGCAGUGAAUUCAAUAGACGGAAUGAAGUUUAAAAAUGGAGGCACAGAUGUGGGAGCAGCAUUGCGUGCAGUCACGGAACUGUACCGUGAAGCUGCUGAACCUGGAGCAACCAAGAAGCUGCUUGUUUUCUCUGAUGGAAACACACAAGCAGAGGGUACACUUCUGCAGGUUGUACAAGACGCCCGGGCAGCUGGCAUUGAGAUUUCAGUUCUGGCAAUAGGAAACCGACCCCAUGAGGACAAUCUAAGAAUACUGCUAACAGGUGCUAAACCUGAUUCCAAGAUUGCCAUAAAUGAGAGGAGCCUCUUCCGUGUUCCUGAUUAUCCUUCUCUACAAAGAGGUGUCUUGUUCAAGACCGUGAGCCGUCGAGUGUCUCUCAAACCCCAGUAAACCACCAGCUCCCCUACAGCUGACAAAACAGGCCUCAGCCACAUGCACUGUGGUCUCAGAAUAUAAUGAAGGGAUAUGACUUACCCUUCAGAUUGUUAUUUUGUCUAGUCCAUCAAAGCCCCUUUCAUACCUUUUACUGGAUUUUAAAUUACCUGACUGGUGCAUUCAACUCAACCUUUUAUAAGAAAUUUCCAUAUUUUUAAUACAUUUCAUCUAUCUGGUCUUGAAUAUCUCAGGGUCCCUGAAUGUUU